CGUCACAAAACCAACUAUACCCAAAAAUGGCAGCGGAGAAGAAGGCAGCAGAUCAGAAGACGACGGACAAGUCGACAGCAAGAGCAUGGCAAGGACUCACACCAGCGCUGUCAGAAUGGAUGCUGGACGCCAUUUCCAGCAUGGGCUUCCAGCGCAUGACUCCAGUACAAGCGAGUACGAUUCCGCUAUUCAUGGGACACAAGGAUGUCGUUGUCGAGGCCGUCACUGGUAGUGGCAAGACUUUGUCAUUCCUUAUCCCAGCUGUUGAACGUCUGCUACGAGUCGACGAACCCAUCAAGAAGCACCAUGUCGGCGCAAUCAUCAUCUCUCCGACUAGAGAACUGGCGACACAAAUCCACUCGGUCCUCAUGUCGCUAUUACAGUUCCAUGCCCCAUCCGCUGCCGCCAUCCGACCAAAAGACGACGAAGACGAAGAGAUGACCGACCCGAACGCUCCUCCCAAACUCACCUUUCCCUCAUCAACCCCCAAGGUCGUCCCGCAACUGCUCCUUGGAGGUACUACAACUCCCGCCCAAGACCUGUCCGCUUUCCUACGAACCUCGCCGAAUCUUCUCAUCGCUACUCCUGGCCGUCUGCUAGAGCUCCUCUCGUCACCCCACGUACAUUGCCCGCAAUCUGCUUUCGAGCUUCUGAUCAUGGACGAAGCCGACAGAUUGCUCGAUCUCGGGUUCAGCGACACUCUGCAAAAGAUUCUCUCGAGACUGCCGAAACAAAGAAGAACCGGACUUUUCAGUGCCAGUGUGUCUGAAGCCUUGGACCAGCUCGUUCGCGUGGGAUUGAGAAACCCAGUCAGAAUUGCCGUCAAGGUCAAGAGUGCCUCCGGUGCUCAUGACAAGCGUACACCAGCCAGUCUGCAGAUGGCAUACCUUUCGACUACACCACGCAUGAAGCUACCAGCUCUCAGUCGCCUGCUCACCCAACUUCCUACCACUCCUCAAAAGACUGUCCUGUACGUCUCGACAUGCGCGACGGUCGAUCACUAUCAGCAUGUACUUUCUGAAGUCCUCCCGAAACAAUUCAAAAUCGUCCCGCUUCAUGGCAAGCACCCACCCAACGUACGCACAAAGAACUUUGGCAGAUUCGUAAACUCGAUAGACUCGUCAAUCCUUCUUACCACCGAUGUCGCCGCGAGAGGUCUGGAUAUUCCUGCAGUCGAUCUCGUAGUACAACUCGACCCUCCCAGCGAUCCGAAAACAUUCCUCCACCGAUGUGGACGUGCAGGAAGAGCAGGAAGAAGAGGUCUGGCUGUCACAUUUUUGAGCAAAGGAAAAGAGGAGGAUUACAUCGAGUUUCUGCGCAUCCGAAAGACACCCAUCGCACCGCUCACAUCACCAGCGAUUGAACCAACAGAAGAGGAGGCAAACGAGGCUACACGAAAGAUCCGGGAGGUCUUGAUAUCAGACCGAGCACUACACGACAAGGCACAGAGGGCAUUUGUGAGUUGGGUGCAAGCAUAUAGCAAGCACUCAGCAAGCAGUAUCUUCAGGGUACAAGAUUUAGAUUGGGAGGAGUUGGGUCACAGUUGGGGUCUUCUUCGACUUCCCAGGAUGCCCGAACUGAAGAAGUUCCAAGGAGAUAAGCUGCUCGGUCAGCAGAUCGAUUGGGACACAUUUUCAUACAACGACAAGAAACGGGAAGAGCACAGACUGGAAGAGCUGGAGAAGCUCAAGGCCAGUGGAGGUCCGAAGAAACGAGCAGGUGAUGGCAAGACGCCGGAAGAGAGGAGGAAGGACCGAGCAUGGACAAAUCAGAAGGAUGCUAAGACGACCAAAGACACACGUCGCGAAAUCAAGCUGGCGCGUCGUGAGCAUGAGAGGCAGAAGGGCUUGACGGCGGAAGAAAAGGCCAAGGAAGAAGAGUUGAAGAGGAUGAUUGAGAUUGUAAGGCAAAAAGGAGAAGAAGAGGAAUUCGAAGGCUUCGAAGACUAGGUAUACUAGGCAGAAGUGCAGUUAAAUGCAUAAAUUCGAGCUUCAUUCUGCUUCGUCAA